AUGGCGGCUUCACUGCGGUUCGCAACCAUCAACACUUCCAAGGUCAGCAUCAUCGGUGGUUCAUCUCGGCUGACCCUGCGGAACACUUCACCGAUUUGCACCUCGAGCUCUCGAGUCCCAACCAGAUCCCGACUGAUCUCGCGCCGAGCAUCUCUCAUCCCUUACCAGUUCCUAUCUGGAAUCCAAUACUCACCUUUUACCACCUCAAUUUGUCGCUUUGACGGGGCCAGUAAGGAAUCUCACUUGCCCAGGUGGCGCCCACCCUCCGAAGAGAGCCUCAAUGAACGCCCCGUCCUCGUUGUCGGCGCCGGCAACAUAGGGCGCCGCGUCGCCCUCGUCUGGGCUUCCAUGGGCCGCCCAGUAACCAUCUACGACAUCUCCCCCGACGCUCUGCAUUCAGCAACUCUGUACAUCACCGACAACCUCGGCGCCUACUGCACCGAGCGCGGCACCCAUCCAGGGCAUGUCUGCACCACAACCGACCUCCGCACCGCCACCAGCACAUCCGGCCACCCAGAGCGCGAUUCGGGCGGCAACAUCACGCCCAAAGAGCUCACCAAAGCCCCCUGGCAGGCCAUUGAAUGUCUUCCCGAGUCCCUCCCGCUCAAGACCUCGGUCCUGGCCCUCCUGGAGCGCUCCUUGCCCUCAGACUGCAUCCUGGCGUCCAACAGCAGCAGCCUCACCACGGCCGAGAUGGCCGCCGAGGGCCCGCUCAACCACCCACACCGGUUGCUCAACACGCACUACUUCAUCCCGCCGCGCAACCGCAUGGUGGAGCUCAUGUCGUCGGGCACCACCUCGGGCGCCAUCUUCCCUUUCCUGGCGGCGCAGAUGCGCCGCGUGGGCUUCACGCCCGUCGUCGUGCCGCGAAAUAUCCAGUCACACGGGUUCGUGUUCAACCGGAUCUGGGCGGCGACCAAGCGCGAGACGCUUGCGGUGCUGAGCGAGGGCGUGGCUAAACCGGGAGAUGUGGACGCGUUGUUUAGGGAUUUCUUUCAUGCGGAGAAGGGUCCCUGUGAGAGGAUGGAUGAGGUCGGGUUGGAUACCGUUGCGAGCGUGGAGCAGCAUGAUCUGGAGAGGCAGCCGGGGCUGGGGAGCGAGGCGUCGUUGAGGUGGUUAAGGGAGAACUAUGUUGAUGUGGGAAAGCUGGGCGAGAAGAGCGGGGAUGGCUUGUUCACGGGCGAGGAAAGGGAUGCGCUGAGGGAGAAGCAUCAUCUGGAAAAGUACAAAGAUGUGGAGGAGACUUCUGGUGCAUGAGUUAAUUUCUGGAUGGGAUGGAUGGUACCUUAUCUGCAAAGGGCGUCAUGGGCAUUUUAUUUUCAGGGGACAAAGGACGAAAAAAAGGCUACUUGAAGAUGAAAAACG